GUGAAGAUCCUGCUGGAGACGCGCGAGGCGGGCGUGGACGGCGAGGCGACGCGGCGCCUGGUGGAGGCGGUGGCGGCGGCGGCGGACGCGGAUGCGCACGCGCCCUCGCUGCCCGACGCGCCCGCCCUGCGGCGCCACUUCGACGCGCUGCUGCAGGCGCUCGCGCGCGCCGGCCCCGACGCCAAGUCCCUCUUCCAGGCGCAGUGCGUGGUGUUCGACGUGGUGCACCGCGCCCUCGCCUUCGCCUUCCCGGACCUGGACGUGCAGGACGUGGUGCAGCUGCUGGAGCCCGCGGCCGUCAUCAUGGCGGUGCUGGACAAGGUGCCCUCCGACAAGGACACGACGCAGCUCUUCGAGGACGUGAUCGAGGAGCUCACCGAGAAGAACAAGACGGAGCUGUUCUCGGAGGGCGUGCAAGCCGAGCUGCCCGAGGUCAUCAUGCGGCUGGAGCAGGUGGAGAACAAGAGCAGCGACGCCAAGAACACGUUCGCCGACCUCGUGGACGCCAUCAAGGGCAAGAAGCUCUUCAAGUCGGACGCCGUGUGCGUGCUGAAGCUCCUGGAAGACGCCUGCCGCUACUCGAUAAGCGUGCACUACCCCGAGCUGAUCAUGUGCGACGACGAGGAAGUGAAGAACGCGGAGACUUACAUCUUAGGCUUCCUCAAGUUCGUGGAGCAGAAGGAGUGCGUGCCGCUGUUCGAGGAGCUGUGCACCGUGCUGGAGGCGUGGGAGACGAAGACGAGCGACCCGCCGGAGGUGGCCGAGAUGCUCAGCCAGAUCGUGGCGAAGCUGCGCAGCCUGCCGCGCGAGUCGGCGCGCAAGAAGAAGAACAUGAGCUACGUGUUCAAGCUGAUCCACUCGAAGGCGCCCACCAAGGAGGCGGCGCUGCGCGUGCUCUGCGUGCUCAAGUUCUGCCUCAAGGCCGCCAUCCGCGCCGUGGUGCCCGGCGUGGCGCUGGAGGACGAGGAGAUAUCUAAUUGA